CUACAAGCCAAGCAGUCCGCGGUGCCGUUGCAAAGACAGCAGCGUCCACCACACUCACCCCAAGCAUCAGCGUCAGCAUCAGCAGAGAGGCAGAGAGGGACGCUGUGUUAUUACUUCUUAGCAGGAGCGGUGACGCCCCGCCGGUGCUGGUGCAGAAGUGAUGGUCUGAGGCUCUGCUGUGCUCAGCGCUCCCUGCAUCCUCACUGCCGCUGACUUCUGUUGCAGUGGAGGCUGCAAGCCCGAGCAGCAGCCUGAGCGGCCGGGACCAGCAGGAGCAGACUGUCUUUUGUUUGAGGGUCAGGGGUGACCAGGAGAGCCACCACCACCACCACCACCUUGCUGCUGGCACCUCCAGCCAUAAAGGAAAGGGAAAGUUUGAGUGCAAGAAGACUUGAGACAGAACAGGUCCACUAGACACAGCCUUGCACACACUGGUAAAGGAAACCAUGAGUGCCAAAAGUGUGGGAAAAGACUCCCUGGGAAGGGUGACCUCACCAAGCACACCCACACACUCUGGAGGAAGACCUCAUGAAUGCCAUGAGUGUGGCAAAAAGUUCAGCUUGAAGAGUGACCUCAAGAAACACACCCUUACACACACUGGUGAAAGACUUCAUGAAUGCCAAGAGUGUGGCAAAAAGUUCAGUAAUAAGAGUCACCUCAACACACACACCCUUACACACACUGGUGAAAGACCUCAUGAAUGCCAAGAGUGUGGCAAAAAGUUCAAUCAGAAGAGUAUCCUCAACACACACACCCUUACACACACUGGUGAAAAACCUCAUGAAUGCCAAGAGUGUGGCAAAAAGUUCAGUAAUAAAAGGGCCCUCAUCACACACACCCAUACACACACUGGUGAAAGACCUCAUGAAUGCCAAGAGUGUGGCAAAAAGUUCAUUGAUAAGAGUAACCUCAACACACACACCCUUACACAUACUGGUGAAAGACCUCAUGAAUGCAAAGAGUGUGGCAAAAAGUUCAAUCAGAAGAGUCACCUCAACACACACACCCUUACACACACUGGUGAAAGACCUCAUGAAUGCAAAGAGUGUGGCAGAAAGUUCAGUCAGAAGAGUACCCUCAACAAACACACCUUUACACACACUGGUGAAAGACCUCAUGAAUGCAAAGAGUGUGGCAAAAAGUUCAGGGAUAAGAGUGACCUCAACACACACACCCUUACACACACUGGUGAAAGACCUCAUGAAUGCAAAGAGUGUGGCAAAAAGUUCAGUAAUAAGAGUGACCUCAACACACACACACUCACACACACUGGUGAAAGACCUCAUGAAUGCAAAGAGUGUGCCAGAAAGUUCAGCAGGAAGAGUACCCUCAACAGACACAUCCUUACACACACUGGUGAAAGACCUCAUGAAUGCAAAGAGUGUGGCAGAAAGUUCAGUGAUAAGAGUUCCCUCAAGAAACACACCCUAACACACACUAGUGAAAGACCUCAUGAAUGCCGUGAGUGUGGCAAAAAGUUUAGUAUCAAGAGUAACCUCAAGAAACACACCCUCACACACACUAGUGAAAGACCUCAUGAAUGCAAAAAGUGUGGCAAAAAGUUUAGUAUCAAGAGUAACCUCAAGAAACACACCCUCACACACACUAGUGAAAGACCUCAUGAAUGCAAAGAGUGUGGCAAAAAGUUCACUCAGAAGAGUGUCCUCAAGACACACACCCUCACACACACUGGUGAAAGACCUCAUGAAUGCCAAGAGUGUGGCAAGAGGUUCAGUUCUUUGUCUUAUCUCAAUGUGCACAUCUUCAGACACUCUGGCCUGAGAGAGUUCAAGUGUGAUGUUUGUGGGAAGCAUUUCAAGGUGAAGGCAGAUAUUACCCACCACAUGAAGAUCCACUUCCCCUGAGGUGCUGUGUGUGGUGGUGGAGGGCGGCGGUUGGCAGCCACGUCCUGGUCCUGCUGAUGGGUCAUCUUCCUCGAUGCAUCAGCAUGAGGUACGUAAGGCUGCCCCCUGUGGCGGGUGCGGGGAAUUGCACAGGUCAGGGCUGGCCGCUGCGGAAUGCUUGCUGUCAUUUCUGCGUGGACCAUAAUGAACUUGGUGUUUCUCAGCGCCUCAAAAACUCAAUUUCUCCAUCCAUGGGGAGGCGGUGGCGGUGGCUGGCCCUGCAUUCGGCGCGGUCCAUGAUGCAGGUUCGAAUCCGCCGCUAACCACCUGGGAUUUUUCAGUCACCGCAGAGUGGCCUAAGACUACCCAAAUGCUGUCCCGAAGACCACCCAUCAACCUAGACUCUACACCUUUUCACCUUCAAAUUAAAAAAUUGAACUUCAAAUUAAAAAAAAGUUUACUUGCCUAUCAAAAAAGAUGACUUUUAUAUUUAAAAAUGACCUUCAAAUUAAUAAGUUGACUUUCAAAUGAGCCAAUAAUAAUGGCGCCACUAUAAACACUUGCCUGCGCCAUGACGGGCUCUGGCUGACCAUCAGGCCCCUUUAGAAUAGUCUACCGGCGCUCUAGGCCACGUAAAAAAAAAAAAAAAAAAAAAAAAAGAAUCUGACCAUGAAACAAUCUUCCAGACAUCUUUUCCCUCUACUUCGGUAACACCGAGCCGUCCCCUUCUGGAGCACCAAGCAGUGAGUUGGUGGGACGUGCUGAUUCACAAGAUGUAUUUCGGACGCUCUGCAGCCAACAGGUUGGUGAGGGGGGCGGAAAGUUGCCAUACCCUUCACGCUCCCCGUGACUGAGGGUCGGUAACAUGAAGUGUCCUUUACUCUGAAAUAAAUUGGGCGACUUCUACUUUGCUCACUCACCUCUACUCCUCCUCGCAGCUGGGCAGGGAGUGUGGAAGGGUUUGAGAGAGUGUGAGGUGAGGGCCCAGUCAGUGGUGAGUGUGAGGGGGGCGGGGCACUGUGUACCUCCUAGAGUGUCGCCGUGCUCUAGGAAAAGUCACGGAAGCUGUGAAGCUGAGUGUUGGCGAAGAAGAGGGAAAAGAUGUCUGGGAGAAUGUGUCGUGUUGUCAGGUGGAGAAAUUGAGUUUUUGGGGCUCUGAGGAACACCACGUUCAUUGUGCUCCAUUCAGAAAUGACAGCAAGGCCAGAGGCUAAGCGUUCUGCAGCGUCCAGCCCUGAGCUGUGUAAUUCCCGUGAGCCAAGAACUGAAAGUUGUAGCGUUUCUGAUUAAAUGGACGAUGCCUUCAGAUGGACCGCGGCAGGUGUGGUGAAGUAAACGAUGUGUGUCGCUGAAGGGCUGAGGCAAACUAGGAGUGGCGGGGCAUGGACCACACCGCCACUGCUUCAGCGGUGACUGGUGACCAUGUUAGGGGCUUCAGGACACCUCUCCAUGCGGAAUUGACCCCUCUCUUAGCCACUUUACUUAUAUAUAUUUAUAAGCAGCGAUUAGCGGGAUUUUUUUCUACAGUUUCUACUUCUGUUGUUGCCCUUGAUCUGCUUCCUUUCCUGUAAAAAAUGAUUAGUAAAAAAGGGGGGCAAGAGAUUGCUGUCAUGCCCAUGUUAGGUUAUCACUAGUUAGGUUAGGUGGGUGCGUUGGGGUACAAGCCAUGCCGCAAUAUGAAGUGGUGUGCAGUACGCUGGUGAGGCGCAGCUAAAGUAUAUAUUUACCCAGCAGUGUUUGGUGUUCAAUGGUAACUUGCAGGAUAGUUUUUAUAUAUUAUUUAGCAUCCUUACAUGACUAUAGGUUCAUUUACUCCCGUGUUCCGGAUUAGCCUUGCCAGUACGAUAUUUUAUGUUCGUUCUGAUAAUAUUUUCACUUUUUUCCUUAACAUUCUUGCCUGUAGAACUUUUUUUUAACAUUCACUGGUUAAUUUGAUAUCUUUUCCUCAGUUUCCACCGGUCUGAUCUUUCUCCACCUGUCAUGAUCCCAGUGGUGGUCAGUGUGCUUAGCUAGGAACCCGCGGGCCAGUCAGCACCCGCCUGGCCCAGCCUUUCGGCCUUCCAUUUGAGCUUUCUGUGAAUGGCUACCUGCGACACCUUGGAAAAGUAAACUGUGGUAACCCGAACUUCACACUGCCCUGUUACUUUGCUUCUACCCACCCCAGGCUCCAGGGUCAGCGUGGACAAGGCUUUCUUAGGAGAUGUGGGCAUUUCCAGUAGUAGUUUUAUGACCCUGGUGGUAGUUUGACCCUUCUGUACCAUGAACCUGAAGAAACACUUAUUGGAACUCGAGUGACCCCCUCUUUGACCUUUAGAAAUAGCUCAUGUGAGAAGCGAAAGUGUCUUAUAAUACUGACCUUUAUCUUUGCUCACCAUUCUGUCGUCAUUGUUCAGCAUCUUCUGAGUGUCCACAUACUUCAGAACUAAUGGACGUAUUCUCAACGCUUCCAGCUCUCACCGCCACUGCUUCCCAGGGCCACAAGGAAGAUAGGUCAGGUUCCCAUGAGUGUUUCCACGUUCAUGGUGCAGAAGCCUUGUCGAGCUAUCACUGUAUGGGCGGUUUCCUUCCGUCUGUACACUCGCGAACGUAGAUGUGGCACCUGUGCAUUGCUAGUUCAUGAUUGCGUCAAGAUCAAGUUUUUAUUUUUAGUGAUGUAUUCGAAUGAUUGUGUUUACAAAGAACCCUCAAGCUCUCUUAUAUAAACAGCAAACAUGCAUUGAUAAUAUACCAUACAAGCACACGAGAGACAUGCAUGUAUCAAGCAGAAUUGUCAGGUCAUACCCAAACGAUCUAUGGCCUUUCAAAUACCUAUCAUUCGUCUCAUUUCAGGUAUACAAAAAGACAUCUGGUCCUGCAGUGCCUGUACAUGAGAACUUUGAUAUUUGUUGCAUGCAAAUAAGCCGGGUAAUAUUGGAAAUAGCCUACCGGUGGCAUCACACUCAACAGUUGUUGUUUACUAUUUCAUGUUGUGUUAAAUAUAAAUCAUUAUUGACAUUCAGUGAGUUAUCAAAAACCUUUAUUUGCACUUUCAGAGCCAGAUUCCUUUUAAUGUACGUACUUGAAAUGAGAUGAAUUAUAGACAUUUGAUAAGUCAUAGAUUGUUCAAGUAUGAUCUGACUACACUGUUGGAUACAAGCUUGUCUUUUCUCGUGCUUGUGUUAUGUACUAUUGAUGGAAAUCGCCAUGUUUGGGACGUAUUUGGACAGGGUUUUUUGCAUACUUAAACAUUCAAAUAUAUUAUUGAAAAAUUAGCUUGAAUAUCUUGACAACAGUUGAUUUUCACAAAUUCAUGAACUAGAAAUGUGCAGGUGCCACAUGUAUCAAAAUUCUUGCUUUGUUGGACAGAUGAAGUGAAGCCGAGUAUGGGGUCACACCACCACCCUUGGAAACACCCUCGACAGCCUCCACCAAAGCCUUGCCAAGUGUAGGUGUGUGUCACACUUCUUUCUCUACUCCUCACGCUAAAAAGCCUUGUUUAAUCACGCUUGUUCUCGUGCUGUCAAUGAUAGAGAGGCAGCUCACAAAAGGUACCAGAGCCUUCAAACUAAUGCUAAUUUUGAACUUUACAUUUCUGCCCGGAAUCAUGCCAAAUCUAUUCUCCGACUAACCAAAAACUCUUUCAUUAAUAGAAAAUGCCAAAACCUUGCUUUCUCUAACUCUUCCCGUGAUUUCUGGCAUCUAGCCAAAAACAUCUCCUCCAACUUCACUUCUUCAUCUUUCCCUCCACUCCUCAGUCCUGACGGCAACACUGCCGUCUCAUCUGUCUCUAAGACUGAACUCUUCUCAAACUUUUUCUAAAAACUCCACUCUGGACGAUUCUGGGCAUAUUCCUCCUACUUAUCCCCGCUCUGACUCCUUUAUGCCUGUUAUAAAGAUUCUUCAGAAUGAUGUUUUCUAUGCCCUCUCUGGCCUCAAUCCUCAGAAGGCUUAUGGACCUGAUGGAGUGCCUCUUAUUGUCCUUAAAAACUGUGCCUCCGUGCUCUCACCCUGCCUGGUCAAACUCUUUCGCCUCUGCCUGUCAACAUCUAUCUUUCCUUUCUACUGGAAGUAUGUCUUCAUACAGCCUGUGCCUAAGAAGGGUGACCGUUCCAGUCCCUCAAACUACCGUCCUAUAGCUUUACUUUCUUGUCUAUCUAAAGCUUUUGAAUCAAUCCUUAACCGGAAGAUUCAAAGCACCUUUCCACUUCUGACCUUCUAUCUGAUUGCCAGUAUGGGUUCCGCAAGGGGCGUUCUACUGGUGAUCUCCUUGCCUUCCUAACUGACUCUUGGUCAUCCUCUCUUAGCCAUUUCGGUGAAACCUUUGCUAUUGCGCUGGACAUAUCAAAAGCUUUUGAUAGGGUCUGGCACAAAUCUUUGCUUUCCAAACUACCCUCCUACAGUUUCUAUCCUUCUCUCUGUACCUUUAUCUCCAGUUUCCUUUCUGACCGUUCUAUUUCUGCUGUGGUGGACGGUCACUGUUCUUCCCCUAAACCUAUUAACAGUGGUAACCCACAGGGUUCUGUCCUAUCUCCCACUCUUUCUGUUGUUCAUUGAUGAUCUUUCCAAAACGAACUGUCCUAUCCAUUCCUACGCCGAUGAUUCCUCUCUGCAUUACUCAACUUCUUUUAAUAGAAGACCCACCCUACAGGAACUUAACAAUUCAAGGCUGGAGGCAACAGAACGCUUAGCCUCAGACCUUACUAUUAUUUCCAAUUGGGGCAAGAGGAACCUGGUGUCCUUCAACACCUCAAAAACACAGUUUCUCCACCUAUCCACUCGACACAAUCUUCCAAACACCUAUCCCCUAUUCUUUGACAACACUCAGCUAUCACCUUCUUCAACACUAAACGUCCUCGGUCUAUCCUUAACUCAAAAUCUCAACUGGAAACUUCAUAUCUCAUCUUUUACUAAAUCAGCUUCCUCUAGGCUGGGCGUUCUGUACCGUCUCCACCAGUUCUUCUCCCCCGCACAGUUGUUGUCCAUUUACAGGGGCCUUGUCCGCCCUCGUAUGGAGUAUGCAUCUCAUGUGUUGGGGGGGGAACACUCACACAGCUCUUUUUGACAGAGUGGAAUCAAGGCUCUUCGUCUCAUCAGCUCUCCUCCUCAUACUGAUAGUCUUCUACCUCUCAAAUUCCACCGCCAUGUUGCCUCUCUUGCUAUCUUCUAUCGAUAUUUUCAUGCUGACUGCUCUUCUGAACUUGCUAACUGCAUGCCUCCCCCCCUCCCGCGGCCCCGUUGCAAACGACUUUCUACUCAUGCUCAUCCCUAUACUGUUCAAACCCCUUAUGCAAGAGUUAACCAGCAUCUUCACUCUUUCAUCCCUCACGCUGGUAAACUCUGGAACAAUCUUCCUUCAUCUGUAUUUCCUCCUGCCUACGACUUGAACUCUUUCAAGAGGAGGGUAUCAGGACACCUCUCCUCCCGAAAUUGACCUCUGAUUUUGGACACUCCUUUAACCUCUGUUCGAGAGCAGUGAGUAGCGGCCCUUUUAUUAUUUACGCCUUUGAGCUGUCUCCUUAGCUGUAAAAAAAAAAAUAUUCCUAAUUCCUGUCUGUCCUUAUGAGAAGGUCAGGGUCAGGGAAGUAACCUGUGUUGCAUCUGACAAGUUUCCGAGGCUGGAGGGAGUCCCUGGAGCCCGGCGCUGCUGCAGGCACUCCCCCGGCCAGGCAAGGCGGCUCCCCUGGACAGCCCAAGGUGGAGGUGCCGGGUGGGAAGAUCCCUGGGGACCAGAGGCUGCCGGAACACCCCGGCUGUCCUGCACCCCAUGGCGGGGAGCGUCUGCCAAGCCCCGAGAAGGCAGGUCACCCGGGCAGGACUGCUGACACAGCUGGUGGCCCUGUGGUGCUGAGGUCGGUGUCGGGGCCGCCUGGGGGUGCUGUCGCCCUAGGGGUAAGGAGGACACUGCCCAGGAGUCUGGGAUGACCUGCAGACAAGACAACACGUGAGGAAGGACCACAGGAGCUGGCAGCAGUGAAGGAUCCUGAGGUGCAUCACUGAGGGCAGGGACAUGAACCCAAGCCUUCAGGGUGACGGCAGGCAGCACACCAGCUGGACCACCGAUGGCCUGUAGGGGCACUGUACCGGGGCCACGCUGCCACACAGCCCGGAUAAGUGUGGCAGGCGUUAAGAGUCCUUUGUGUGGUGUGGGGCAGGUGUCUAGGGGGUUGCCAACAUACUGUGGGGGGACAUCCUGUGGGCUGUGGCGAGGCGUCUCUCUCUCUCUCUCUCUCUCUCUCUCUCUUUCUCUCUCUCUCUCAAUACAUCACUGGAUUGAAGAGGCUGCCAGCAUUGCCCUUUGAAGGCUGUCACAGGAAGGGCUCGGGCACAAAGGUUCCUUCACCCACCCCACAGGCUGUCCCUUCCUCGGCCACUCCUUCGGGUCAGUCCCAACACCAGUCAGUCAGUCAGUCAGGCGCGGCUCCUCACCAGCUUUCUGUGAACCACGUCUACAGUUAAUGACUGGUUCCAACAUGUUAGUUUUCUUUGUUAAUAACUGUGUGACAAAUAGGCCAGGAAGAAAGUAAUAGAAUGUGCAGUUUGUGGGUUAUAACAAAGGGCAAACAAGUGUUGUUGCCUGCGUGGUGGGUGGUUGCAUGUCUGUAGUCUGACACAAAAAUUUUGUGUGGGUCCUGCGCCUCUCCCCGGCACUGAUGCAUCACCCCAAUACAUCACUCAGAUGUCAGCUGUUUACUGUUUGAAGUUGUGUACAUAAUAUUCUGUAUAUAUUAAAUAAGGCUACAUAGCGCUGACAGACUUUUUCCGGCGCUGUGGGGAGGUAAACUGUAGUAACCCGCAUGUCACCCUGCCCUGUGUCCCGGGGUGAUGGGCUCCCUCCCAGCACAGGCUCAAGGGGCAGUGUGAUGGAGAUGAGCACUGAGCCACACACAGGUACAGCGUGUGUCACAAACUUUACAUCUUUACCUUUACUGAAAGUUUUGAAGUUGCUGUUGGUGUUUAAAGGACAGGCAUCUCUUAGUGCGGGAGAGCUUGGAGCGCGGCCACACCUUGCUCUGCAGUCUUCUCUGCCACACUUGGAGUGCUGCAGCAGCACCCUGGAACAGAGGGAACACAAGCCAUGCAUGACUGUUCACCACAACACUGAGCUGGGACAUUAUAUGUUCAGCUCAAUUUCUCUUAAUAAGCACACAGCCUCCCCUACUUACCAACAGGCUCAAGUGCAAGCAGUGGUUUGUAAGUAAGGUGUGUACAUGUACAGGAUUGCACAGCAGUGUGUGUGUGUGUGUGUGUGUGUGAGACAGGUGAGCAUGUAGCAAUGGGUGUGCAGUGUAGAGAUAUACAAGACUGUACAGCAGUGUGUGUGUGUGAGACAGGUGAGCAUGCAGCAAUGGUUGUGCCGUGUAGAGAUAUACAAGACUGUACAGCAGUGUAGGGUGACAGGUGAGCAUGCAGCAAUGGGUGUGCCGUGUAGAGAAAUACAAGACUGUACAGCAGUGUAGGGUGACAGGUGAGCAUGCAGCAAUGGGUGUGCCGUGUAGAGAUAUACAAGACUGUACAGCAGUGCAGGGUGACAGGUGAGCAUGCAGCAAUGGGUGUGCCGUGUAGAGAUAUACAAGACUGUACAGCAGUGUAGGGUGACAGGUGAGCAUGCAGCAAUGGGUGUGCCAUGUAAAGAUAUACAAGACUGUACAGCAGUGUAGGGUGUGUGACAGGUGAGCAUGCAGCAAUGGGUGUGCAGUGUAAAGAUAUACAAGACUGUACAGCAGUGUGUGUGUGUGACAGGUGAGCAUGUAGCAAUGGGUGUGCAGUGUAGAGAUAUACAAGACUGUACAGCAGUGUAGGGUGACAGGUGAGCAUGCAGCAAUGGGUGUGCAGUGUAAAGAUAUACAAGACUGUACAGCAGUGUGUGUGUGUGACAGGUGAGCAUGCAGCAAUGGGUGUGCAGUGUAAAGAUAUACAAGACUGUACAGCAGUGUGUGUGUGUGACAGGUGAGCAUGCAGCAAUGGGUGUGCAGUGUAAAGAUAUACAAGACUGUACAGCAGUGUGUGUGUGUGACAGGUGAGCAUGCAGCAAUGGGUGUGCAGUGUAAAGAUAUACAAGACUGUACAGCAGUGUAGGGUGACAGGUGAGCAUGCAGCAAUGGGUGUGCAGUGUAAAGAUAUACAAGACUGUACAGCAGUGUAGGGUGACAGGUGAGCAUGCAGCAAUGGGUGUGCAGUGUAAAGAUAUACAAGACUGUACAGCAGUGUAGGGUGACAGGUGAGCAUGCAGCAAUGGGUGUGCAGUGUAAAGAUAUACAAGACUGUACAGCAGUGUAGGGUGACAGGUGAGCAUGCAGCAAUGGGUGUGCAGUGUAAAGAUAUACAAGACUGUACAGCAGUGUGUGUGUGUGACAGGUGAGCAUGCAGCAAUGGGUGUGCCAUGUAAAGAUAUACAAGACUGUACAGCAGUGUGUGUGUGUGACAGGUGAGCAUGUAGCAAUGGGUGUGCAGUGUAGAGAUAUACAAGACUGUACAGCAGUGUGUGUGUGUGACAGGUGAGCAUGUAGCAAUGGGUGUGCAGUGUAGAGAUAUACAAGACUGUACAGCAGUGUAGGGUGUGACAGGUGAGCAUGCAGCAAUGGGUGUGCAGUGUAAAGAUAUACAAGACUGUACAGCAGUGUAGGGUGACAGGUGAGCAUGUAGCAAUGGGUGUGCAGUGUAGAGAUAUACAAGACUGUACAGCAGUGUAGGGUGUGACAGGUGAGCAUGCAGCAAUGGGUGUGCAGUGUAAAGAUAUACAAGACUGUACAGCAGUGUAGGGUGUGACAGGUGAGUGUGAAGAAACAAGUGUGCAGUGUAAACAUACGUUAACUAGGGAAUAAUACAAACUACACAGUGGUAAACUGUUGAGCUAAGGGCCGUCAUGAUGGUGGAUAGAAGUUAUUUUUUGUGUGGGGAAAAGCAAACGCGCCUCUCUUCCUUGUGUUUACUUCCCGCUCUCAUGUCUCGUACAAAAAAUAGCCGCAAGGGGGCAGCACACAAAAAGGGAUCAUUCCUUUAACAUUGUUUUAUAAAGUAUGGUAACUUCAAAUUAAAAGGCACUUUCGUUGCACAAAAAAUAAACAAAUUUAUUUGCUUCACUGUAACUCAAGUUUAUAACUUAACAUAAACAAAACUUGUAAUAAAUGAAAUAAAGUUUAUAAUAAAUUGAA